AGUAUCUUGACUUUAGUAGAGUUAUGACUUUGCAGAAUAAUGUAUUAAUUAUAGCUAUUAUCAAACAAUCUCUAAAUUUGAAACAUAUAGAAAUCUGUGGUAAUGAAAUCGAUGAUGAGAUUACUGAAGCACUGGCUCAUACUUGUCAUAAAUUGGAAUAUCUUGAUCUAAGUUGCUGUUCUUUUGUUAAUGAAUCAUCAAUUUGUAAUAUUAUAUGUUUCUGCUCAAGACUCUAG